AUGUCGAACGAAUUGGAUUUAUUACAUGAAAGAGUUAAGAUUGAGUUUAAGAAACUACUCACAUUGAAAGAUGCUAUUACGGGUCUCGAACUUUCUCCUGUAUUCAACACUUUACCACAGAAAAGAGACUACCCUGACUAUUAUGUCAUAAUUACCAACCCUGUAUCAUUUAAUACCCUUAGGAAAAGAAUACCAAAUUAUACUGAUGCAACAGAAUUUAUGAAUGAUGUUGCGAGGAUUCCUUGGAAUGCAAAGACUUACAAUGCUAAAGAUUCAGAAAUUUAUAGAUAUGCUUUAGUAUUAGAAGAUUAUUUAAAGAAUACAUUAUUGAAAAAUUUAAAUGAAUUUUAUCCAGAUUUAAUAUACCCGGAUUUAGGUCCAUUACCUGAUGAAAAAUCUGAAAAUAAGAAACCAGUGGAAGAAACAACAAUAAGUAAUGAUGAUCAAUUACAAAAAAAGAUUCAUGUAACAUAUAAGAAACCCGAAGAUGAAAGCCAGAACGUAGAGAAAGAACCUUCGGAACAAGAAGAAAAAGAACAAGAACAAGAAGUUACUACAACUGCUACUGUAUCAAAUUAUACAUCAAUGCAACCUAUGCAAGAAGAGAAAAUAAUACCACAAACAACGGAAGAGCCGUCAUCAACGCAAAAUAUACCUAUCAUGGUGGAAUCAAUGAGUCCUGUUAAUACCAAUACUAAUACCAUCACAGAGGUUACCACACCUGUCACGACUAAUGUUAUUCAUAAUGAAACGAUUGAGAACAAUAACGCUAAUAAUAAUAAUAACAAUGCAUCUGCAACAACAACAACUACAAGUAAGGAGGUAACACCUAUCUCUAGGAAUCUAUCUACAACACCUCAAAGGACGACUCUUGCUACUUCUAGUUAUAAUAAUAAUAAAAUUCCUUCUGCAGGUAGUAAGAAGACUCAUAUAAGGCGUGGGAGACCUCCAAUAAUUGAUUUACCAUACAUUCAGAGAAUGAAAAAUAUUUUAAAGGUAUUGAAAAGAGAAUUAGAUCCUUCAGGUUCUAAAAAAAAUAUAUUAAGUCAAUUUGAAAAAUUACCUGAUAGAAAUAAACAAGCUGAUUAUUACACGAUAGUAUCGAACCCAGUUUGUAUUGAUGAUAUGUGGAAAAAGAUAAAGACUAGAAGAUACAAAAAUUUUAAUGAAUUCCAAGUCGAUUUCAUAUUGCUUCUUGAUAAUUUCAAGACAUAUUUCAGUACAAUUCGUGAUAUACAAGGCUUGAAUACAUUAGCAGCUCUUGAGAAAACUUUUAAAAUGGUAACGGAUUUUGAAUUGACAAAACCAGAUAGUGAAUAUAUCCCCGAGGGUGAAUUUAGAUAUCCCAUUGAUGAAAUAAUUAUGGAUGGGAAAACGUACUGCAUUGGUGAUUGGGUUUUCUUAAACAAUCCAAACGAUCCAAAUAAACCUAUUGUUGGACAAAUAUUUAAAUUAUGGAGUACACCAGAUGGGAAAAAAUGGUUGAAUGCAUGUUGGUAUUUUAGACCAGAACAAACGGUUCAUAGAGCAGAUAGGUUAUUUUACAAGAAUGAAGUUAUGAAAACAGGUCAAUAUAGAGAUCAUCCUAUUGAAGACAUUAGAGGUAAAUGUUUUGUGAUUCAUUUCACUAGAUUCCAAAGAAGUGAUCCAAUAGUAACCCUUGAAGGUCCGCUCUUUAUUUGUGAAUUUAGAUAUAAUGAAAACGAUAAAAUUUUCAAUAAAAUUAGAACUUGGAAAGCCUGUUUACCAGAAGAGAUUCGUGAUAUUGAAGAUCAAAAUAUACCAGUUAAUGGUAGAAAAUUCUUUAAAUAUCCUUCACCAAUUAAACAUUUAUUACCACCAAAUGCUACCUUUGAUGAUCCAAUACCUGAACCACGUCGUGGCUUACCAAAUGCUCCACCAUUAGUAGGUGCUGUUUACAUUAGACCCAAGGUUCCAAGAGAUGAUCUUGGUGAAUAUGCAACUUCUGAUGAGUGUCCACGUUAUGUAAUUAGACCUGGUGAUCCUCAGGAAGAUGGUCAAAUUGAUUAUAUCAAUGGUACAAUCUUAACAAAUUCAUCAACUCAUGGUUCUACUAUCCCAAGGAGAGUUGAUUCAUCUUCGAGUAUGAAUAUUGGUAACAAUGGGAGCCCUGUUCCAAGUGGGCCACAUCCAAAAUAUAUUUCAAAUGCUGAUAAAAUGAGAGAUACUAUGAAAGUGGAUUUAACUAAAAUGCAAGAACAGAACUUGCCAAAAGUGCCUAUAAAUAAAAGUAAUGUUCCAUAUAUUUCCAAUUAUCAAACCAUGAAUCAACAAGGAGGAUUCGGUGGCAACAAUGUGAAUACCAACAUGGUUGAUCAAAUGCCAAUACAUAUGGUUCCUAAUACAAAUAUCAAAGGAACUAUUGGUACUAACCAAGUUCCUUAUAAGAGCAACUCGAGACUUGGGUCAAGAUUAAUGAUCAACAACGAUUCUACUCCUAUAUUAACUAAACAGCAACAGAAAGCGCAGACAAACAAGUCCAUCGCGUCUUUAUUACAAAUUCUACAGACUAAAAACUCAGUAUCUCAAAUCAUUAUCGAUACACCAAACACAUAUACUCUACCAUCUGAUGUACCUCAAAGAGAUCCAUAUGUGACUACAAUUGAUCAUGGAAGUAUCUCUAGACGUUAUACAAAACAAGAUAUUAGUUUAAGACGUAACUUAAACACUACUAAUGAGACGUUAUGGUUCAGAGGACCAGGUACAGCUAUCACUGAACGGAUCAUUAAUUUAGGAGAUAAAUCAUUACAAUUACCAAUUAAUGAAGUAUUUAAAGUUCAUGAGGAUCAAAAAGUAAACACUGAAGAAACGAAAAGCUACGAAGUUGAAGAAAUGGAAGAAAUCGUAAUUAAAAAUCCAAUAGAUGCUACUCAAGAGGAAGUUGUUGUAUCAACUACGCCAUUAGUAAAUGGACGUAAAACUAUUACAUUAUUAAACAAUGACGACUCUGAUGAUGUUAGUAUCGUUACGACAAAAGAUGAACAACAACAACUAAAGAAACCUCGUAUUGACGAUGUAACCGAGAAUAUUGAGGGUCCAUUUGUACACGGUCUAAGAGCAUCCUCUACUUUCCUUGCAUACAAAAUCAGAGCAAAUGCUGGUAAGUAA